GCGACCUUGCCUCCGACAGCCAUAGCGUCCUGUCUGUCGACUAGCAUGCGCCAUGCCAAGACCGACAACGAAUGAAUCUGCACUUGUCUACGAGGGCAAGCCUGUAUACUCCUGCUCCAACUGUUCGGCCGUGAUUGUCAGUCCCUCAGCCCCCUUCUUGCAACGCGCGGAAGUUGGGCUAAAUCCUCGGAAUACAUCGCAGACUCUUCAAGACGAACUCGUUAGCAAGACCUUCUCUGGGAGAGAGGGGCGCGGCUUUCUCGCUCAUUCGGCCACCAAUGUUCGCCUGGGACAGAAGGAAGACAGGCCCUUGAUGACGGGCGUGCACACCGUCGCCGAUAUAACCUGCCUGGGCUGCGGAGACCGCCUAGGCUGGUACUACCACAAGGCUGCCGACCCAUCACAGAAGUACAAAGAAGGGAAGUAAAGUCAAAGUUCGGGCUAGAGGGCGACACGCGACACUUCUGUAACGAUUGGAAGCGCAUACGUCGAGGUCGUCUAUUCAAAGCGCCACGGAUACGAUGGCUGCUGUACUAUCAUAUUCAAGAAUUCCUGCAGGGGGAAAGGUUUCAACCUCAGCAUCUCCUUGACGUGGAAAUACUCGAAGUCCGCAACGAUGUACAUCAUAGUACGCUGCGCCCCUUCG